UCACCAUUGAUGAAAUUACAUUGGCAAAGAGUGAAGAAAUGGCGAGGGUGGGAGCAUCAUUGGUGUUGGUGUUUGUGUUUGUGAUGAUGUUGGGGAUUGUAGUGAGUCGAGUGAGAGGGGACAAGUGUGGAGAUGAGAUACAGGGCUUGGCCACCAACUGCGCUCCGAUAUUGCAGGGCAACGCUCCCUCUGCGGCGUGUUGUGGGCUCAUCAGGAGCGCAGACAUGUCGUGCGUGUGUCCCAAAGUCACUCCUGCAAUUGCUCCCUCCAUCAAUGUGCCCAAACUGGUCACCAUCAUCCAGAGUUGCGGUAGAAAUGUUCCUCAUCAAACUCGAUGCGGAAGUAUUGUUACGCCAUGAUUAAAAUCCAGUGGAAGCUCUAUAGAAUACAGAUUUUUACAGUUUAUGAAGCAUGUUCCUAUUUAAUAGCGUUUAAAUAAAAUGUUUGGAUUCCUAAUAUGUAACGGGGAUGAACAAACAUAUGUGGGAUGCACCACCUGAAAUUUUAGAACCGUCAUUAAUUAAUAGAUUGACUAUUGUAAUAGUUUGAUAUUAUAGGUAUACAAUAUGAUUAUUUAUCAAUAUAAAAAAAAAAUGACUAAUUUUUAAUUUUUUAGUCACGUAUUUUUAAUAGCUUCAAAUAACAAGAAUCUGUUUUAGACUGUUAAAGUCAUAUUUUGGAGCUUUAUAUAUGUUUUUGGUAAUACAGCAAGACAUUCUCUUCAUGCUAUGUAAAGUUUGAGUAACCAUUCUUAACAUGUGAUCAGAUCAUUGGCUGCCU